GAUCUACCACAUUUGACGUUUGGAGUGUCAAAGUGUGAAUGCAGAAUUGCUUGUUUUGCAGGGCGCCUUCAAAUCUUUUAACAUAGCUGGUAUACAUAUGGAACUAUUAAUGAAUACUUCACGUGCUUCAGUGACAUAGUUUUUCCAAACUACAAACUCUUCUCUGCUACGCAAAAAGGAAUAGAUAGCAAAAAAAAAAACAAAAAACAAAAACAUGAAUUUUCUCAGCCGAAUAGCAUUUCGCCGGUUAGUGUGGAACAGGCCGCCAGCCUGCUGGCCAAUGGUGUCUGUUCAAAAUGUAUCGUAUUCCACAACGAAACCAUCGAAAUUGCCAGAAGCUGGAGCAAGCAGCGCGAACAAAAAAUCAAAAUCAACCCCGAAGGUAACUCUGAUCUCGGCGGACGAAUCUAUUUCGAUCGUAAACCUAGAGGAAGCUGUUAAAAUAUCGAAUCGCCGUAACUUAAAGUUGGUAAAGAUUUCGGAGCUCGACACCAAAACUCAGCGCCCAGUCUACCGCUUGAUGACCGGCUCGGAAUACAUGACUGAAGAUUUGAAGCGUAGAGAGGAAAAGAAAAAAAUCAAACAGGACGCCUCCGUCAAAGGUGACAAGCUGUUGACGAUCAGCUCUCGCAUAGCGGAACACGAUCUUGCCUCGAAGAUACAGAACGUCUUGAGAUGGCUCAACAAAUCGUAUGAGGUGCGAGUCGUGGUUACUGGCGACGGUACGGGUAACAAGGCGAAACAGGAAGAUAUCGUCCAACGGUUUGAAUCAAGCGUGAAGGACACGGGAAAGAUAGCACAGAAACGCCUGCGAGAUAAUGAUUUGCGAUUCAGCAUUCUUCCAGCCGCUAGAAAUGGAACGCAAUCGCUCAAGAAGGGACUACUGGAGGUAAAAGAUGCGAACGGGGUUGACGAAACGCAAGCAGCACGUGGUAUACAUACCCGUAGCGGUUCAACGGCGUGACAAUCACAGCGCGAGGACAGAGAGCAGUUGGCGUGCGAGAAGGGCGAGCCUAGUAUCAAGCGGUACAAGGUAGCAGGAUGCGUGGCCUUGGCACUGCUGGCAAAGUAUGCUUUCUGGGCCUAUCUACUCAGGGGCGAAAGAUGACACUUUCGGAAAAUGCAUGUAUGCGAGUGCGUGUGAGCUGUAUGAUUGAAAAAUAGCGUAAGUAAUAAAGCUAGUUCAAAUUUAGUUCAAAUCGAAAACACUGUUCAUUCGUGAUCCAAUGUACAACCAUCAGCACCGACAUAAGCAGUGGUCAUCGGUAGUGCGCUA